AUGACAGUGGACCCGACAAUAUUCAGACAUACAGAGUCGGAGGUAAUCAUCGGCGUGCACGUGGAUGACUUUAUGAUUACAGGGGGGAACGAGGAUGCCAUUGAACGGAUGAAAGACCUCGGAGAAGCAGAGAACAUUCUCGGAAUUCGGAUUCAAAGGCACAAAGGAAAGCUGAUGAUUGAUCAAUCACAAUUUGCGAAGGAAAUCGUGGCAGAAUUUCUCUACGACGACUCAAUGAAGCACGCAACCCCCAUGGAACCUGGAGCUAUACGGAAGCUCGCUGAGGAACCGGGGCCUCUGAACCAUGACGAAUGGUUGAAAUACGUGGAAUUGCUCGGAAAGCUGAUUUGGCUAUGCAAUACGAGGUUCGACAUUAUAUUCGCAGUUAACAGAAUGGCAUCUUUCACGGUAGAGGCAUGCUGGAACCACUGGAAGGCUUUGCUACGAAUAUUGGGUUAUGUCGGCAGGACUAUUCACCACGGUAUCACAUAUGGCGGAAAUAAUGAGCACGCACAAGGAGUCGAAGGCAGCGAUAUCGACUAUUACUCCAUUGACCACAACAUCGAAGGGCACGUCAGGGCUCCUAAUAGUGCAAACGGUUUACACUGA